CGUCUUCAGAGGAGAUCAGCCCAGCCAUUUGACGCGUUGCUCCGCCACAUUAGGCGCCGUUGGGUGUUUUACCCUUCUCCCGUCUUAACAUUAUGCCUAUCCUUCGAGCAUCUUUUCGUUCCAGCUAGCGACGAUAUAGAGAGCCCCUAGAAAGGUUUGAUGAGCCGUGAGAAUUUUAUGAGCCCACAACACCAUUCAGGUCACCCAGCAGAUACCGAAACGCUUCGCAAUACAUUCUGCACCUACUCACCUCCAGACCCGGCGCCAGGUUGGCUCUACGAGUCACACUCUCUCCACAAUGGCGGAGGUUGUCGGUCUCAUAGCAAGCCUUGGCGCUAUCGCCGCAGCCAGCUUUAAAGUUGCAAAGGCGAUUUCAACAAUCACAGACGAAUUAGGUGAGGCUGGUGCUCAAAUCAACGGGAUCGCAACAGACAUGAGGGCUGUAGGCUUAAUUCUGCACGAGUUGAAAAAACGCCUGGAACAAUCACAGAGAGUUACUCGAGAAGUUCGGAGUGUGGCUCAUGAGAUUGUUGCCCUGUGCAGGGCAGAUAUAGAAGACAUCCAGGGAUUUCUCAUCCCUUUUAUGUCUCCAGCCGGCAAGGAUGUCGGGGCCAAGCAGAAAAUCAAGUGGCUUUUCGCCAAAGCAAAAGUAUCCUCGCGGCGAGCAGCCUUGGACUCUCUGAAGUUGACCCUGAACCUUUUCCUCCACACCCUAAGUUUCAUUGAAAGUGGGGAGAUGGACGAGUAUAUAGAAGAAGAGGUUGACGCCUUGAUACUGGAAACCCAAAACACAAAGACCACGUUGCUCAACGCAGAGCAGGCUGAUCGCAAAUCGAAAAGGGUCCAUCGGUCAAACGAGGGGCUCUUGUCCGCAGCGGUGCUGCAAAUUGAAGGUGGCGAGUUCACGUCUGGAGGAGCCGAUGCGGGGGACACGGCGUCGUCUCAAGCAACAACUGAUGACAGGUCCAUUGACUCUGACAACGAUGAGAACAAGCAAAUGCAACUCAUUAACCACGGUUCAAGAGCUGAGUCAAUGAGUUCACUGGAGAGCAUGUCCGAUGACGAGUUCAUACAAAUUGCAGAACAUGUUCGUCUGCAAAAUCUCGUCAGGAAUUUCGCUCUUAGAGUCAUGUAUCCUCGAGUCGGAAACAAAAGUCACGAUAAUUCAUUCGGAGACGAGGCCCGUGGACGCAGCAGUCAUGAGUGGCAAGACGGCUAUGGAGGUCGGUACGGCCAUGAAAUUCCAAGACCUAAUUCGGCUAUGUCUACCAGAAGUGACUUGGAUUCUGAACUGGAGAAAACAAAGGUCGAGUUAAUGGAAUGUCAAGGGGAGAUCGAGCGGUUGAAUGAACAGCUCAAAGCGUUUCAAGCUGAAAGAACCAAGCGCGAAGAGACUGAGAAGUGGAGCGCUCGGGAAAGACAGAUAAGAAAAGAUGCAGAAGAAGAAUUUCAGCAACGGAUGGAAGCCAUGCGAACAGCACAAAAACAAGUCGACAAAGCGAAGAUCGAGGCGGAAAAUACCGCUAGAAAUCGAAUUCACGCGGAGCGGAAGGCUGAAGAAGAGCGCGCCAGGAAACAUGCUGAUGCCAUGAGAGAGGCGGAAGAAAAGGCCAGACUCGGGUUCGAGACUGAAUUGAGAGCGGCCGAGGAGGCGAGGAAGAGGGAACAGGAAGUGGAAGAAGCUGUAAAGGCUAGAAUUGAGGCGGAGCAGGAGCGGAAAAGGUGGGGAAAGCAGGUUAGGAAAUAUUUUCGAGUAUUUAAAGAGAGAGAUACUUAAAUAGAUAAGAUACAAAUUUUCUAA